AUGUCAGCAUGGCAGGGGAACGAUGUGUACUCGAUGGGCGACCUUGGUCAACGUUAUCCUGUCAACAGCGCAUACAUGGGACAAGGGCAAAACAUGAACGAUCCGGGAUGGUCGGGAGAACAGAGAGGUCCGGCUGCACAACAGGAUGCGUACUAUCAAGCCAACCCCCAGAUGGUUCAGCACGGGAUGCCAUUCGAUGGCCAGUCGGGCAGCUUUCCUCGUGGCAGGUCGCAGCCUAUCAACGUGCCGAAUGCCCGAAACAAUCAGCAUCAGUACAACCAUGGCGCCCCGCCGUCUGGCGGAACUGUGUUGGGAAUGAUUCAAGAACAGGCAACACAGAAUAAUUCGAGUGCGCCGUCCAGCCAACAACACUUGCUUGACGGUGGAUCAGGGCGAAGGUCCGGAGAUGCUAGCUUUCAUGUGGAGUCGACACGUGAACAACAAAACAGCUAUGACUCAACCUCGUAUAUGGGCAACAACAGCCUCAUUCAGCUGAGCGCCAGUCCAAGCUCUCAGGUGCAAAGAGAUAGCAGCAAGCCUGAUCCGGACGCAUCGCUGCGCCAGGAAGAGGUUCAGACGCUCGGCCAUGUCGAGAUCAAGUCUGGGUGGCUUUUCAAGAAGGCUGAGAGCAGCUGGGGAUGGCGCAAGAGAUGGUUUGUGUUGUACAAGUCACGGUUGGCAUAUUUCAGCAGUCCAGAGGCAAGAGGAGUAGUCAAGACCAUUGCUCUCAACGAUCCUCGGGUCGAAGCGGUCGUAGAGGCGUUACCCAACGAGCUUGAAUUUCGUAUCAAUAGCUACGGGCGAUCGUUUCAUCUCAAAGCUGUGUCGGAUGGAGAGCGAGCUCAAUGGAUUUUUGCGCUGCAGCUCGUGAUAAAGGAUGGAAUGAUCGCGCACGAAAAAUAUUCCGAGCUUGCAAGAAGGCAGCAAGCUCGCAAAAGGGAACAGGAUGGUCCUCAGGGAUACGCAGCUAAUCUGAUGGGAGGAGGGUCCCGUCAGCAUCAACAGCAGAUCAAUCAGCAAGCCAGGGGAAUGUUCAGCGCAACUCAAUUGAAAAGGAAGCUGGCGGAAGCUUUGCCUUGGGACGCGUCGAGGGGAGCGCCGACGCCAGCGCUGUCUCUAUCAAAUCCGGGUUCGCGAGACAACUCGUUGCAUGGGAGCAGAGAUGGUUCGCUCCGAGGGGGUCAGCAGUGUCGGUCGUUGGAUGUUUCGCAGCACAACCAUGAUGACAGUUACCAUGGGGGAGCUCUGAAGCAAGAUGCAUUAUCCCAUGGGUCCCGCUCCCGUGACGGAUCUCUGCACGGGGGGCUGGAGAGUUGGGAUCCUGAUGAUUCGGGGAAACGCGUGAGGAAGGAUAGUGACGCGCUGACCAAGACCUUGAGUGUGGCUGGGCAGCAGGCGGUGGAGUUGACAAUGCGAUAUUUGGCACAUAUGCUGCUGCGAGGACGAGGGCCGUUCCAAGUCCACGAGGUGGUCUGGGUGAUCCACAAGGCGUGCAAGGGCCUGCUGGACAGGAACGCGACGAUGCCUCAGCUCACGAGUCAGUUCCUGACGUCAGUUGUCCUGCGUGGGCUCCUGGUGAAGCAGCAGAUGGGUCCGGACGGCACUCAGUGGCCAGAGGUGCACGUGAACACGGAGUCUGUCGAGUUUCACAAGUUCAGCCAGCACCUUACCCACCUCAUCGUUGGAUCACUGGAGAGCAAUAUCGAGGUGGCGCCCGAGGCCCUUGUCCUUCCGCCCAUCUUGCUUCCGCUGUUGCUCUUGAUAGAAGUGAUGCACCAGAAUGAAUGGCCGGCUCCGCUCUCUCCUCAGGAUUACCAAGAUGAGCUUAUCUCUGCUGUCUCGGCAUUGUCAUCUGGGAAUGAGCUGGUGGGUCCAGCGCCAUCGAGUGCGUUCGUUAUGAGGGGAGGUGGGGAGAGCACGCCGACAACGCCACAGUCGCCCAAGUCAAGCCACACGCCAACGACUCCCAUGUCGCCCAUGGAGCCGAGGUCACCGGGAGGCUUCGGGGAGAGAAGCGUUACUCCCAACAUGCUGCAAACCUCCCGCUCCUUCCAGGACCUCAUUGAAGGCAUGAAUCAGCUCCCCUACAACAGCCAAGGCAAGAGCUCUUCGCUGCUGGUGGACGAUAUCAAGAAAGAGUUCGAUGGCGGAGACGUCGAUGCUGUCAGCCAGCCCGAAGACCUGACAGGCAUACUGGGAAGCAGCGAGGAUAUCUGGGACGUUCUGGUGGACCCUGACACUGUAAACGAGAACUUAGGACAUUGA